AUGGCCGUGUCGGACUUGCUCGCCACGGACGACCUGACGAUCCUGCUGGGCGUCGUCACUGCGUCUAUAUUCCUUCUGUCAAACUUGUACAAGCCGCAGUCGCUUGUACAUCCUAUCCUUCUCGGCCGUCAAUCCGAUGUAUCGCGCGUUCGCAACCCCGGCGAGAGCGCUGUGUAUAGGUACUAUGGUACCGGUAUCAUGGGCAGGUUCCCCAUUCGUCCUGCACGCGAGGUCAAUACUUUGCUUGACCACGUCAAGCCUGAGAUUGACGCGCCGAGGACGCUCUGGUCUACGAAGAUCACCAACUCGGCGCUUCGGGAGCGCGUCGCUCGUUUCGGUACGGGUCUGCGCCGCGCUGGGCUCAAGUCGUCGUCGAACGUACUGCUCUUGCUUAACGAUGGAAUUGAGUUUCUCAUUACCGACCUCGCCCUCGCCGCUCAAAACAUCCCCUCUUUCACACUUAGCUCCCAGUCCCUUCUUGCACCUGUACUCGAGGCACACCCGCCAACAGCCAUAAUCAUUGACGCAGGCUUCCUGCCCCACGCGCUUGAGCUUAUUCUUGAUUCUGCCGAGGCAUCGCACCACGUCCUCGUCGUGCUCGGUGAGCCGGACGAGAAGACAGCCAGACGCGCUUCUGAGGGCAUACGGCUCGUACGCUGGAGCGACAUCGAAGCCGAGGGACAAGGCGAGCUUCUUGGACCGUCCACACCUCCAACGCCCGAACGCGUCUUCUCUGUCUCGUUCUACCAAGGCGAAGAUGGCCAAAUGCACGGCGCCCAGCUCACGCACCAAAACCUCACCGCCGGUGUUACAGCCGUCCGCGCACUUGUACCACCGUCUGCGCCGCUCACUGGCCUCGACACGAUCGUAUCGGCCCACAGUCUGAGCACGCCGUAUGGUCGUUCAGUCGCGUACACCGCUCUUCUUGAGGGUUGCUCGUUCGGCACACUCCCGACCUCGCGGGUAUUCAAGACGGAUGAUUCUGUGGCACUUGGGCCGCUCGCGGAUCUCGCGGCGGCGAAGAAGUUGAACUUGCCAGCACCAACCGUGUUAUUUGUUACGCCGCCGCAUCUGGACGCACUUGCCGGCUCAGUACUGGCCGAAGCGAAGAAGAGCCUGUUGUUCCCGCUCGCGUGGAGGCACAAGCUCGCUGCCAUCUUCGAGGGUGCGCUCACACGCGAGAGCAUGUGGGACAGGCUCGUGCUGAACGAUGCCCGUCUGAGCGCCGGCGCCGUGACAGUCCGCGCCGUAAUCGCAGCGGGCGGUCGGUUGCCCGCCUCAUCGCUUACGCCAGCCCGCGUCGCACUAUCCGCUCCGGUCGUCCUCGCCCUCGCACACCCACUAUCUACCGCGCCACUCUGCGCCACACACCCUCAUGACGUUCAGACGUUCAAGAUCGACGAUAGCGCCCCUGCUCCUAUCGGUCCGCCGGUGUGUAAUAUCGAAGCGAAGUUGGCGGGUGUGGACGAUGCGGCGAUUGAGAAGGGCGAGGAUCCGGUGGGCACGCUGCUCGUUCGUGGCCCACCCGUUGGCAAGGCGCUCGUUGGUGGCGACGAUCCGGCCGUUGAGGAAGCACCUGAGGCGGAGGAACCUUGGGUUGAUACGGGCGUUAGGGUGCGCGUGCAGACCAACGGGUCGUUUGUGGUUCUGGAUUCUUCGAAGUAA